AUGGCCUCAACAUCGACGUACGGGCUGCCUCGGCCGCCGGAUGAUACUGGAGCUGGAUGUCCGAGCUGGAUGGACCCAGAGGGAAAGCACGGCAAGGUGAUCGUACUUUCACUCAAGGCUGCUAAUGAGGGAGUGUUGCCAAAAAACCAUCCCUUCACCGUCGGUAAGUCAAUCCAACUUUUAAUUGGUAAUGCAUAUACCGCUACAACCGAAUCAAAAGGGACCAAAUAUAUUUUAAAAGUAAGACAGCAAGUUCACGCCACCAAACUGCUUGGGAUGAAAACAUUGUUCGACGGCACACCGGUUGAAAUUACAGCGCAUCCCACGCUUAACUACAGUAGGUGCAUUGUAAACUGUUCGGAGGUCAAUGAAAUGUCACAGGAAGAUUUGCUAACCGAGCUUGCUCCCCAAGGAGUGAUAGCAAUACGCCGGUUCACCAAAAUGGUGGACAAGGUGAAAGUCAAUACGUCCACCAUGGUACUUACGAUGGAAGGAACCACCUGGCCACAGUUCAUAUAUUUUGGAGCACUCAGAGUACCGACGCGAUUUUAUUACCCCGUACCCAUGCUAUGCUUCAACUGUCUCGAGUAUGGACACACAAAAGCUCGCUGCAAAAGUGCAUCCAGAUGCCAAAACUGCUCGGCCCACGAGCACAAGGCUGAAGACUGUAAGGGGGCAGCUAACUGUUUCCACUGUAAGGAAGGGCAUAAACCAACCGACCGGAACUGCCCGGUAUAUAAACGGGAAAAUGAAAUUGUCAAGAUAAAGGCGGAACAAGGGUUAUCGUUCGGAGAGGCUAAAAAAAUAUACGACAGUCGCGUUGGUGCAAAAUCGUACGCCAACAUAAGCAAAAGGCUAAUAGUACCACAAGAAAGCAACAGCAAGGACAAAGAAAUUGAAAGUCUAAAAGCAGAGAUAACUGCCCUUCGGAACCAGCUCACUUCUGUCAUCGCCGAACUUAAGAGUCGCCCAAGCUGCCAAUGCAAAAAAACUGUUGAAGGGAAAAUAUCAAAGCAAGAACAACGGAACAAACGUGCUAAGGAAAUAUCACCGGAAAUAACAACUGGAACCGAAUUUCGUCCUCCCCCUUUGAAAAAAGUUUCUUCAAAAAUGAAUAAUAGCACCCAACCUGGCAACAAUAGUCAAAUAGUAACAACACAACCGAUGUUAGAAGACCCGAUUGAAACCGUCAAUUCUGAUACUAAUACGGAAGAAAUGAGCAUCACGGAUAAUGAAUCUGACCGAUCCGAUACAAUUGUCAUUAAUCGAAAGGGGAAAAAGAAAUUUUAUCGAACCAAUAAUGCAACCACCAACCAACAAUAA